CUGAUAGGAAAAAUGAUCAAUUUCUCGAUAUAAAAAUAUUACAUAAUGCGGCAUGUGAUCGAUUUACGCAAAACACUGAUACAUGCGUAAUCUGUAAUGUAUAACAUCCGUCAUUAUUUGAUGGAAGUAUUAUCAAAGAAAAAGGUUAAAGGUUAAAAGUUAAUUGUCUUCUUGUACAACAUACAAUGGCAAACACAGGUUUGUUAGUUUUAACAAAUCCAACGAAAGUGAAAAAAUUAUUACCAAUUAUUAAGGAGCAUGUAUUAAAAACUUUAUAUAUUCAAUACUUCCCGGAGAAGAACCUAUUUAUAUCGGGAAAUUACACAGUUGCAAGUCCACAAUGUAAAGUAACACGUUAUGUCCAAACCAUUACCAAUAUUUACACUGAAACGUCAGCAAUAUCUGCGCGACUCGAUAUUCGAGUUUUGCUUACAAGCAUGAAAAAUCCUAAUUUAUCUGUAAUAAAUACAAAAAAACCUAUAGAGGUAGUGAUCUUUGAUCGAAUUUGUAGUAAAAGAGAAGCUGAUACAUUUAUGCAGGAUUGCCUAGCUAAUACAUCUAUGGACUGUAGCUUUGUUACCUUUAACGAUGAUCAGAAACUAGAAAAAGAAAGCCUAAUCCCUUGCAUUGAGGAUGAAAAACUUUAUAAAAGUGUAGUACUUGGUGGUACAUUUGAUCGGUUGCACAAUGGCCAUAAAAUAUUUUUAAGCGAAGCUGUAUUACGUUGUACACAGCAGCUUACAGUUGGUGUGACUAAUACAAAUAUGUUACAUGGAAAAUUGUUAUGGGAAUUGAUAGAACCUUGUUCCAAAAGGAUACUGAAUAUUACGGAAUUUUUAGAAGACAUAGAUUCAACAUUAGUAUAUAAUGUUGUUGCAAUAAAUGAUAUGUAUGGGCCAACUAAAAGUGAUCCAACUUUUGAAAUGAUAGUAGUUAGUGAAGAAACAAAACGUGGUGGAGAAAAAGUAAAUGAAAUGCGUGUACAAAACAAUUUAAAUAAAUUAGAUAUUCGUGUUGUUAAAUUAUUAGAAGAUGAAGAUCACAGAGAUCAUGAAGAAAGUAAACUCAGUUCCAGUAAUAAUAGAAUACGAUUACUGGGUACAAGACUACGACCUCCUAGGAUAGAUGAUAAACCUUUAAAACCUUAUAUUAUUGGAUUGACUGGUGGUAUAGCAAGUGGAAAGUCGUCUAUAGCUGAUAAAUUAGAAAAAUUAGGUGCAGGCCUUGUAAAUUGUGAUAAAAUAGCACACAAUUUAUAUCAGCCUGGCAAAAGUUGUUAUGAUGCAAUACUUAAAACUUUUGGCCCUACUAUUUUGAAAUCGGAUGGAUUUAUCAAUAGAAAAGCACUUGGGGAUAUAGUAUUCCAUGAUAAAGCACAAUUAGAUAAAUUAAAUAAACUCGUUUGGCCUAUCAUUUUGGAUGAAGCAAAGAAACAGAUGAAUGAUUUUUACGCAAAAGGAUUUGAUAUAAUUGUGAUAGAAGCGGCUGUUUUAAUUCAAGCUAAAUGGCAGUACGUAUGUCAUGAAAUUUGGACCUGUAUUGUUCCACAGGAGGAGGCAAUAAAACGAGUAAUAGAUAGAAAUGGAUUAACUCCAGAUGACGCAAAAGCACGAAUCCAGGUUCAACCAAGUAAUGUUGAACAAGUUAACGAAGCAAAUGUGGUUAUAUGUAGCUUAUGGAGUCAUGAUAUUACUCAAAUGCAAGUGCAGAAAGCAUGGAAUGAAUUAAUGGCAUUUUUAUCUGAACAAGUAAAAAGUUAAUAUAUAUAUAUAUAUUAUUUAUAUCAAUCAAACUUAUAAUUUGAAUACAAAAUUUCUGAAAACUUUAUGAUUAAUAUUGAUUUUUCUUAAUAAAUUGGAUAUCAAAUGUA